AUUACCAACAUAGCCUAUUAAGCCUGGGCUGGUAGAAAACUCGACAGGUAGGCACUUCAAUUUUGCAGACUGUUAUCGAAGCAAGUUUCCCUAGGAAAUAUCUGGAUUAUAACAGAAUGCUUCAGUAUUGACCAUCAUUACCCAAGCUGCCAAAGAUAUUUCCGCUACUAUGUCUACUACUAUAACGGAAGAGUACGAUAUUGCUGUAGUAGGUGCUGGAUUUCAUGGGCUUGCCGCCGCGAAACAAAUCCAUUGCACGCAACCUGAUCGUAGCCUCGUAGUGUUCGAUGGGCAAUCUAGCAUAGGGGGAAAAUGGGCUAAGAGCAACCUCUAUCCAGGCCUUAAGACCAAUAACCUCUUAGGGACCUAUGAAUUCCCAGACUUUCCUAUGAGCCCUGAUAGGUUCGAUGUCAAGCCAGGCCAGCAUAUCCGCGGAGAAGUAAUUCAUACGUACCUUGAAGAAUACGCUGAAGAGUUCGGUAUAAGAAAAUUCGUCAGACUUGAAACUUUAGUUGUUACCGCAGAACACCAAGACACGACAGAAGGAGGGUGGAUCCUGACGAUCAAGAAAUGGAAUCAACAAGAGACGACCAAGGUUUUUGUUCACAAGCUUGUUGUUGCCACUGGAAUAUUAUCAGAGCCUUUUAUGCCGCAUUUCAAUGGACAAGAAGACUUCGGCGGGAAGAUACUUCAUAGCAAGGACUUCCCGAAAAACAUUGAUACUUUGAAGGCGAAGACCGUUACUGUGUUUGGGGCUGGAAAGUCGGGAUGGGAUGCUGUGUACCAAUAUGCCUCCGCUGGUGUCAAGGUAAAUUGGGUUAUUCGAUCGAGUGGUCAUGGUCCAGUUUGGAUGGCACCUUCGUACGUAACGCCGUUCAAGAUGUGGAUUGAAAAACUUGCGAAUACCCGCCUUCUUACCUGGUUUAGUCCUUGUAUCUGGGGUGAUGCCGACGGUUAUCGGGGCAUCCGUUACUUCUAUCACCGGACCGCGAUCGGUCGUUUUCUCGUGGACCGCUUCUGGGAUAUACUGAGUUACGAUGUUAUUACGCUGAAUAAGUUCGACUCUCAUCCAGAUACAGCCAAGUUAAAACCUUGGUUUCCGGUCAUGUUCACAGGAUGCAGCUAUAGCAUUCUCAAUUAUGAGCAGGACUUUUUCGAGCUUGUCAAAAGUGAAAAGGUCAAUAUUCAUAUCGGCGAGAUCACUCAGUUAAGUCCGGGAAAAGUUCACCUCGCUGAUGGCACUGAGUUCCAAUCUGAGGUAUUUCUGGCGAACACAGGCUGGACGCACACUCCGCCCAUCAAGUUUCUUCCGGAAGGAAUCGAAAAGGACCUUGGUGUCCCCCAUGAGGUUGUUGGGAAUGCACCGGUACAUGAUUUAGCAAACAGUCGCACGCUACUAGAACGAGUCGACAAGGAGAUUCUAGAACGCUUCCCAAGGCUCAAGAUACAGCCCGUCUGGAACAAGAGUUUCGUCCCCCUUAUAGAUCAGAAGGGGAUCAGUACCGAUGCAAGAUCUCGCACACCUCUUACUCCAUACAUGCUAUACCGCUUUCUUGUCCCUGCAUCCCCCCGCUUUCUAUGUCCUCGAGAUGUGGCAUUCAUAGGCUGCCAAUCAAACCUCAGCAACAUUAUCACUGCCCAUCUCACAGGGCUAUGGGUUAGUGCAUACUUCUCGGGGAAAUUAGCAAGGGACCACUCAAAAGCUGUGGACGAUAAGGAAGAGAUCAAGAAGUUGCAAUACGAGACCGUAUUACACAACAGAUUCGGCAAAUGGAGGUAUCCUACGGAAUGGGGCAACAAGGGCCCUAAUUUUAUCUUCGAUGCCGUUCCUUACUUCGACUUACUUCAGCGGGACCUCGGAUUGAGCCCUUUUCGGAAGAGUAACGCUUUGGCGGAGAUGUAUGAACCAUAUGGACCGGAGGAUUAUCGCCACAUCAAUGAAGAGUGGCUACAAAGGCAGAUUUCAUUGAAGGACGCACACACAUUUUCUGAUUGAGCCUCUACGGCUUCCGCCCCGGCUUGGAUUACUGGCGUUCCUGCUGUUUUGCUAAAUGAGCAGAGAACCCGUGGGGUCGAACUAAGGGGGUGUCUGCCAAUUUUGAAAUAUGCCUAUCUUUAGAACAUUGGCCAAAGCAUUUGGAUACCUAGGAUCCUAGCAGCUUAAGCGGGAAUCCAGAAGUACCUUGCUUAAAAAUAUUCUGGAUUGUAAUUUUUUCACCGGGCAUGCCAGUUAACGUUUCAGUCGGCAUCGAACUCUGUUGGGGUAAUAGCCUUGAGAAUGGCACCGACUAUUAUAUUGUACUAUUGGUUCAAGUAUAUAUCAUAUAUACCUUGAUAAUUGUGAAUAUUACUGCUUAACCUGUUAUAAAUUUCUUGAUCACAUGUAUCAAUAGGUAGAUAAUCAUAAAUUUGACUGCCUUUUUAUAGUA